CGCCGCUCUACCUGGGCGCAGCGAUCAGCAGUAGCAGUAGUGUGAUCAGCACCAUAGACAGCGCCCAGCACAUAACCCGCAAUGAGUAUCAGUCCGGAGAGGAUCUCUUCUUACCGCCGCCACUUCGAUGAGUUCGCUUCUAGUUCUGUGCUCAGGAUCAGGGUGAGCAGCCCAUCUCCACCCAGACACAGGAGAUCUACCAGCUAUAGUAGGGAGACAUGUGAUGGUGUGCACACUGGGGGCAGGAGGACCGCCUCUGCCUCCCGCAGACCUCGCAGUAUGGUUGCAUCUAGUUUUGGAGGUUCGCUGGGCCCAGUGGUGGACUUGGAAGCAGCCAGUGCAGCGAACCAAGAGUUUCUGAGUACCAGGAACAAUGAGAAACAAGAAAUGAUUGUUCUCAAUGAUCGCCUGACAAAAUACAUUGAAAGGGUCAGGGACUUGGAACAGGAGAAUGCCACCGCACAGGCUGAGCUUGAUGCGCUCCGCAGUCGCAGCAACAGACCAUCCUCUCUUAGAGUUCUGUAUGAGGAGCAACUGAGGGACCUCCGAAGAGAGGCAGAACAGGCCCGGAUUCAAAGGGAUGUAGCAGUGGCUGCCAAGUCAUCAGUGUCUGAAGAACUCAGCGCCGUAAAGAAACGUUAUGAAGAUGCAGUCGAGGCAAGGAAAAAAGCUGAAGGCGACAUUGAAGCAUUCCGCCCUGAUGUAGAUGCGGCCACAGCAGGACGAAUUGCACUGGAAAAGCAGUUGGAAACUUUGGAAGCAGAGAUCGCUUUCUUGCAGAGGGUUUAUGGAGAGGAAAUUGAAGAAUUGAUGAAGCAAAUCUACAAUAUGUCCGCCUCCUGUGAUCUGGCAUUCUCCAUCCCAGACUUCGCUGCUGCUCUGAGGGACAUUCAGACAGAAUAUGAAGAAAUUGCAGCCAAGAACCUGCAGGAGAUGGACGAGUGGUACAAAAGCAAAUUUGUUGACUUCAAUCAAGCUUCUACAAAGCAUGCGGAAAACGUGAGACAUUACCGAGGAGACAUGGCAAACUGCAAGAGAAGCCUUAAAAGCAAAGAAUCUGAACUUGAAUCACUGAAGAACAAGAAUGCAGCACUAGAGGCCCAAGUGAAAGAGAAACAGGAAAAGUACAGGUUGGAGAUAGAGGAGCUACAGGAACGAAUAAGAAAAUUAGAAGAAGACCUAAAAUCUUUGAAAGAAAAAAUUGCUUUACACUUACGGGAAUAUCAAGAUCUGUUGAGAGUUAAAAUGGCUUUGGAUAUUGAGAUUGCCACAUACAGGCAACUUAUUGAGGGUGAGGAUAGCAGACUUGCUACAUCAGUAAGUGGAGUCUUCCUCCCGGGUAAGAUAUCAGGAGGUUUGAAAAUAAGUUCCACUGAAAGAGUAUCCCAGACAUUGGAGAAGAAAGAGAGGACAACAGUGCUGAUAAAAUAAUAGUUAAAAGAGAGCAACGAGCUAGCAAGAAGAAGUGAUUUUGCAAGAGACGGAAAAUAUCCAUGAUCUGUUCUGCAAGACCUUUCUCUAGGUGGCUGGAUGCAUGAUUUUGCCCAUUUUAUUUUACUAGAGUGUCUGCUGCUAUGGAGCCUGCCACUGGUGCUGAUUUUUAGCUUUAUUAUGUUUAACCCUAUACACAUUUGUAUGGCUUUGCUGAAUAAAUACAUGAGCAUUCAUUAUGGCAAA